AUGCAACUACGUAUACUUACUUUGAAUCUUUGGGGUGUGCGUUAUUUGGCCAAGUUAAUCGAUCAACGGAUUCAAGCCUUCGUCAAACAUUUACAUGAUACAGACACAAAAUAUGAUAUUAUUGGACUACAAGAAGUUUGGAGUAAAACGGAUUAUAUGUACAUACGCGAACAGAUCAAGAAUAUCUACCCGCACAGUUAUUAUUUUCUAAGCGGUCUGUUUGGUUCCGGCUGUUGCAUCUUUUCUAAACAUCCAAUCAUUGGAGUUUAUCAACAUUUGUACACAUUGAACGGUUUUCCACAUAAAAUUCAACAUGGUGAUUAUUUCGCCGGUAAAUUAAUUGGCCUAUGUAAAAUUUUAAUCAAUAAUUUCGUUGUCAAUGUUUACAACACACAUUUACAUGCUAAUUAUCAUCAUGUUAUACCACAGGAUAUCUACUUAGGACAUCGGGUAUGUCAAGCAUAUGAAUUAAUUCAAUUUAUUGAAAGUACUUCAUCGGCUGAAACCACACAUUUAACUAUUCUCCUGGGAGAUUUGAAUUUAACAAGCACGGAUUUAGGUUUUCAACUUAUUCGUGGUGUUUUACAACUGCGCGAUUGUUUUCUUGAUCGUAUCAAUAAAGAUGUUUGUGAUCCCACUGUUGGCAAUAAUGGCAUGACAUGUGAUUUACCUGACAAUCCAUACGUCGUUCCGCAUGUACAUCAAGGUGAUGGAGAACGAAUUGAUUAUAUACUCUUUCGAGCACGAAAUGAUAACGUCAGAUGUGUUGAAGCAUAUCCAACAUUGCAUAAAGUUCCGAAUAAUUCCAGUGGUCUCUAUUAUUCCGAUCAUUUAGCUGUUUAUGCUUUGCUUGAAGUAGAUGAAACUGCUCCAGAGAGGAUCAUUAAACCACUGGAAGAUGUAAAAAUAGCUGAUGAACAAACGCAAGAGAUUCUUCGUUCAGCAUGUAUAGUUAUUGAAGAAACAAUUCAACGUAUCCAACGUCAACGUUUAUAUUGUGCUAUCGGUGCAUUUAUUCUUGUUUUUAUUCUUUUCUUGAUUAACGGAAAUCCGUUAACUAAUAGUUACAUUUAUACAACGUUUACUAUCAUGAAAAAUCUUCUUUGCAUUAUUGGAAUUGCUGUAUGUGUGUGGUUUAUUUGUUUGGGUAAACCUGUCGAACGUAAUGCGUUAAGUGCAGUACAAAAUGCAAUGCGAGUGCGAUUACGGGCAGCACAUUUUACUUUUUAA